CCGCCCAUGGAUCAGUUCACGUUUCCAUACUUCGGUUUCGGCUUAUGCUUCUUCUUGGCUCUCCUCCUCUAUGCGGUCCUACGCGCCGUUUGUGGAAGCGGCACCAAGCAUCGUCGCCUGAGGCUGCCUCCCGGCCCGUGGCAGCUUCCGGUCAUCGGCAGCCUGCACCACCUGCUGUGGGGGCUCCCGCACCGCACUAUUCGCGAUCUCUCCCUCCGCCACGGCCCGCUGAUGCUGCUCCGGGUGUGCGAGCGCGUGGCCAUCGUCGUCUCCUCCGCCGAGGCCGUGAGGGAGAUCUACAAGGGCAACGAGGCCCUCUUCUCGGAGCGCCUAAGCAGCCCGGGAAUCGACGAACUCUCCAGGCAUGGCCAGGGGAUCAUAUUCGCGCCAUACGGCGACCACUGGCGCCUGCUUCGCCGGAUCCUCAUGACAGAGCUGCUCAGCGCACGGCGCAUUGAGGCAUUUCAACGCAUCCGUGAGGAGGAGGCGGCCCGCCUCGUAUCCUCCGUUCAGGCGAAGUCAUCGUCGUCUGGUGGCGGACUCGUGAACGUGGGCGAGCUGCUCGACGAGUUCAUGACAGACUCGGCCGUGCGCGCCAUCUUCGGUGAAAGGCUACCGGACAGAGCCGGGUUCAUGAAGAUCGUCAAGCAAGGAGUGAGCCUGGCGUCGCUGUUCGACCUCAGGGACCUCUUCCCUUCGUCGCGGCUCGUGCGGCUUCUACCACGCGGCAGCAGGAAGGCGGAGCGGCACCGUCAAGAGAUGUUCAAGCUCAUGGAUAACAUCCUCAAAACUCACCAGGAGAGGAGGGCGUCCACAGAUGGAGACGAUGAACAUGACCUGGUCGACGUGUUGUUGAGGAUCCAGAAAGAAGGCGACAUCCGAGUUUCCCUUACCGACGGAAUCAUAAGGGCAGUGCUGAUAGAUAUCUUCGGUGCAGCACUCGACACCACAUCAACUACUCUGCAAUGGGCGAUGGCCGAACUGGUGGCAAACCCAAUUGUGAUGCACAAGGUGAAAUUAGAGACACGACGUGUUCUCGCAGGUCAAGCCACAAUACAAGAGUCCAAGCUAAAGGACAUGCACUACCUCAGGGCAACAAUCAAGGAGACGUUGCGGCUGCACCCUCCUGCCCCGUUCUUUCCUAGAUUGUGCCUGCAAGAUUACAAGAUUCAUGGAUAUGACGUGCCACGAGGGGCAAUUGUACUCACUAAUAUAUGGGCGAUCUCUAGGGACCCGAAAUACUGGGAUGAGCCAGAGAUGUUCAGGCCGGGGAGGUUCGAAGGCAACAACGAUGUCGAUUUUAGAGGUAUGGAUUUUGAGUUCACUCCGUUUGGGGUUGGGAGGAGGAUAUGUCCGGGUAUAGGAUUUGCCCAUGCAAGUAUUGAGAUAGCUCUGGCUAGCCUUCUUUACCAUUUUGAUUGGGAUCUGCCCAAAGGAGUUGAACCAGGAAAAAUGGACAUGACAGAGGUGUUUGGAGUCACUCUUAGCAGGAAGGCCAACCUAUUUCUGCAUCCAAUUCCUUAUGUUCCUUUGUAGAUGCACCUCUAGAUGAAUAAGAUGUGUUAAAUCACAUGCUCUUAAAACAUAUACAUGCGACUUAUAUAUGUAUACAUUAAGCAUCAAUAUGUAACCUAUAUCACUA